CACUUUAAUUUUUUGACUCUUGGCGCAUUACGUUUUGAUAUUUUUUAUUGCGUUUUAGAAAGUUAAAAGGAAAAUACUAGUGUUUACUAAUGAAUAUCAACGAUGGCGACUUCAAGGACCUGCGCUGCAAACUGGACAUCAUGGGUUUCACCCAGACACUGCCCGUUUUGGCCAUUCCACUGGUUCAAGCAAUUUUUGGUGACUUGAUCAAGACCACAGAAUGCCUGAGGGAUACGAAAAAGAAGGUUGCCGAGUUGCUGGAGGAAAAGACCUGUUGGGAACUGGGCGUCGAACCAUAUAAGUGCGAUAACUCUCGCCUGCUGGCCGAGUGUAACGAACUCCAUCUGCAGUUUCUGGGGGACCGGGAGGACUAUGAGCUGCGCCUGUGCGAAUCCGAACGCAAGAUCCGAAAUCUGGAGACGGACAAACAGCACUUGCAGAGCCACAAUGAUGGUCUUCAAAACCAACUGGACGCCUUGCUUACCAAGCAAUUGGUUUCUUCCACCACGGCCAAAAAAGUUCAAACCGGAAUUAGUCGUCAAACAAAGAAACCCUUUAUAAGUACAGUGCGUUCCGGCAAUGUGCUGCCCACAGUACUGGGCACCGGCAUAUCCGCCCUCAAGUGCACUAAAUGCAACGCUGGGGUAUUCCAAAAGACCACCACAACCACCAAAGAUGGUGUGACAGUCACCCAAACCAGUGGCCAAGAGGAGCUAGACAAGUUGCAGAACGAUCUUACGGCAGCAGGAGAACAGCUCGAAUUCUACAAACGAAAAGUGGAGGCCAGAAAUCGGGAGAUCCGCCGGUUAAACGACAUGCUUGCAGGAGGACGACCGCCGGCAGCUUUGGCCAAGGACUGCUGCUACAAGGAGGUGGGCGCCCUCUCUCAGGACAUUGACCUGUUGCAACGCGAGAAAAGUGAUUUGAUGCUGCAGGUGCGUGACUUCCAGGACAAGAUGCACGAUGCCAUGCAGAGAGCUCUCGGCUCUGAGGAGGAGAAGAGGAAGCUUCAAACGCAGCUGGAGGAACUGAAGGAGGCUGCUCUGCAGGUGGAACAACAGGCCAAUGCGGAGAUUGAUGCCAAGGAACUGGAACUUCGGCAACUUCACUUGGAACUUAAGAAGAAGGGCAAGGAUCACCGACCGACUGGCGGCUUUGCAUCCAACCAAAGUGACAAACGCAAUCUUAACGAGCGCUUGAAUCUUCUGACCCGCCGCGAAGAGGAACUGGAGGCCACCAAUGAAAAGCACAAGAAAAAACUUCAGAAAAUGCAGGCAAAGAUCUUGGAGCUGCAGAAGGAGCUCAAGGAUCAGAACCAACAUUCCACCGUCACCCUGGAUGAAGAGAAGAUACGCCUGGCAUCAGAGAGGGACUUCUUCCAAAAGGAGUAUCUGCGGCUGAUGAGCAAGGCUGGCUCAGAGUCUGAGAUUGCCUUUUUGCAUGCCCAAAUCAAGUCCAAGGAUGAGGAGUUAAAGGCACUACGAACUGAGUUGUUCCCUGGAGGAAAGCUGCAGUUCUCCCCGCAGAAAAGCGUUCAGUAUAAGACACUGCCGCCGGCCACAGCUUCUUCCAGUACCUCCACCGCCAAUAGCAACCGGAGUGACUGUGUCCAGGCGGCCAUUGCCCGGGUGGAGCGGGAACGGGAUUGUGCCAGGUCCGAGCUGGAACGCAUUCGCUGUGAGCGAGAUACCCUGAGGGAGAAGCAACUAUGCACCGUUCAACUUCAUGCCGAGGAGCUUCAGGCGCUACGCGUGCGCAACGAAGAUCUCAAUGAGAGGCUGCGUCAGAUGGAACGUGAUAACCGGGAACUUAAUUCAGCUCGCGUGCCAACGGAAACAAAUCUGGUGCUGCUCAAGGAGGAUUUGGUUCAGAUGAGGCAGCGUCUGGCCACCAUGCAAACGGAAAUUGAUCAGCUGAAGACUGAAAAUAGUCAGAUAACAAUGCUCAACGAUCAAAAUGAGCGCAUAAUAGCGGAUUAUCAGAGUAAACUUUUGGUGGCCGAGCGUCAACGACAGACGGCGGAUGUUCGAGCAAGCACUUUGGACUCGAGCCGGGAAUCCAAUCGCAAUGAGGUCACCCAGCUCCGCACGGACAUAGGAGCUCUGCGGCAGACCUACAUUUCGCUUGAACAUGAAAAGGAUACAUUGCUGCAUCAAUUGGACAGCAAAACAGAGCGGGCUUAUAAACUCGAGUACGAAUUAAAGGAUUGCAAAGAGAAGAAAAAUGCCUUGGAGCAGAAUGUGAAGGAGCUUGAGGAACAAGUUAGAAAGCUGACCCACAGGAACCGGCAGCGCGAUUCAGAACUGACGGAGACCUCGACGGAAAGUAAAACGAUGCGCCAACAGAUUGUGGCACUCAAAGCCAGCCGCGAUGAGGCAAUAGCAGAGAAUCGCCGGCUGAUGGACAAAUUGAGCGAUGCCCUAGUGGAGGCCAGGACGUUGCAAAACAAGUUGACGGACUCCGAGAAGCAGGUGGCCAACAUGAAGCAGCAAUUGCACAAGUACGUCCAGGAGGUGAAGAAGGCCGAGGACCUGCUUACCCAGAAGGUGUCGUAUAAAUUAAAGGAAAAGGAGCGCGACGAGAUGUUGGAUCAAUAUCACUGCCUUACACAGGACCAAGCAACGCUGGAGGGGAACAAUCAGAGUCUGGAGUGCGAGGUUAUCGAAUUCAGGCAAAAGAUCUGUGAAUUGGAGUGCCAGGUGCGCAGCCUGAAGGAUCAGCUGCAUUGUCGCCAGUGCACUCUUGACGAAAUGGAUGUGCAACUGACCGCCGCCAAGGCCUCGGUGCGAUGUCUGGAACGGGAACUGGAGAACGCCCGCGAUGAUAUCCGCGUCCAGAAGGUGGAUCUCGAGGCUCGCAAGGAGCUGUGUGACAAACUGGACGUGGAGAAGGGAAAGCUCAAUGCGGAGCUGAACGAGGUCAACGAAAUCCGCAAAAAGCUUGAAAAACAAUGCGAAAAACUGCGCGAUGAGCUGCAGCAGAGUUCGGCUCUCAAUAAGAUCACCACCGAAACCACAGAUCUGAUGCUGGGGCGCUUGCAUAACGAUCAGCAACGGCAGGAUGAUGAUGAUAUCAGGGCCAAAAACGAAAUGGACCGACUGCAAAGACAACUUCAACAAACUUCGAGUCAGUUGCAGGAGGAACGUGCCCGCUGCAGGCACCAGGAGGAGUUGGCCAACCAAUAUGAACAUCAGGUCAGCGAGCUGCGCCGAAAUCUGGUCGAGGAUCGCUACAACCAAGCUAGAACCCGCGAGGUCAGCCCCCGGGUGCCAUCAAAGACUCUGUAACUUUGUACUUGUCAAAACUAUUUGCUUGUUUUAUCAUGUUAACUCAAAUUUAAUGUUCGGCUGGGAUAUCGAAAUUGUAAAAAUAUAAGAAUGAUUGGCAAAACUGAA